AUGAGCACUAAUCCAUUGGAAAUUAUUGACAUUUCGGAGGUCAACACAGAUUCGGCAGACCGUUUGCUCGAGGCAGCCAGAACACAAGGCUUUCUUUUCAUCAAGGGCCAUUCAUUCACUGCCAAGGAGAUUGCAUCUGUGUUUGAGCUAUCUGAAGAGUUUUUCAAAUUGCCCUUUGAGUAUAAAUCGAAAUAUGCCAUCGACAUGCACAACCAUGGAUACACUGGGUAUGGGGUUGAGACAUUGGACCCAGAGAAGCUGGCUGUGGGUGAUCCCAAGGAGGCAUUGAACAUUGGAAGUAUGAAUUUCGAGCUGGGGAAGUCAUCAAAGGUCCUCCCAGACUGGUUUGACGAGGCUCCAGAGAGAAGAAAGCUCAUUGAGGAUACAGCAAAGAAAUUGUACGAUACGAAGAUGCGCUUGUUGAAGCUUUUGGCGAUAGGCUUGAAGAUUGAGUCCGAGGAUGGGAAGGAUGGAAGUGAAUGGUUUGAGAGUCGUUUUGAACCAACAAGCGAGUCCGGUACCAUUCUAAGGUUCUUACAUUACCCCAGCGUCAGCUCUACUAGUCCUGAGGUAAAAAUCCGUGCUGGUGCUCAUACAGACUAUGGCGCAAUGACUUUGCUUUUCCAACAGCCUAACCAGGAAGGCUUGCAAAUAUACUCGCCCAUGUCGAAGCAAUGGGAGUCUGUACCUUAUGUCCCUGCCCCAGAUGGGGGUGAGGGUGCUCCGAUUGUGGUAAACAUUGGCGAUUUGCUUUCAUAUUGGACGGCCGGAUACUUAAAGUCGACUAUCCACAGGGUCCAGUUUCCUGAAGGAAGUCAGUUCAAAGACAGAUACUCUGUUGUAUUCUUUAGUCACCCAAACGACGCAACCGCAUUGGAUCCUGUUCCUUCGCCCCUACUCAGGAGUUUGAAGUCCCGAGGAGCUUUUGCUGCGCUGGAGGUCAUUACCGCCAAAGAGCAUUUGCAGCGCCGUUUGGCCGCCAGUUACGGAUGGGAUAAAAAGUGA